AUGAUUCCAUAUUUAUGGAAAAUUUUCAAAAUAUCUUUUACGAUAUUAUUUUUAUUUCUAUCAACAAUAAAUGGAAAUGAUCGUACAAAAAAUGCUGAUGGUAUUUCAUUUGUUGUUAAAGGAUUAGCUAAACCAUCUGGUUCUAGUUCACCUUCUCAAAUAACUAGUAGCGUUGGUGAUUAUAAAGAAUUUAUUGAAAAUAUUAAAUUUCACAAGACAACUUUAUUUAAAAUGAGAAAAAUUCGAAUAAAAAUGGAUACUUUUGUUGAUCAACAAGGAGUCAAAGUUGAGUUUAAAAAUUUUGAAGAUAAUUACUUAUCAAUAGCAAGAAAAAGUAAAUCUGGUCAAUAUGAAUUAGUAUCAGAAAAAGCUGGAGAUUUAAAAAUUAUUUGUUCUGUUACUAGAUGUGAACCUGGAAUUGUAUUAUUAAGUAAAGCUAGAUUAACUAAUUUAGAAGGUGUUACAACAGUCGACGUUGAAGGAGCAUUUUAUUUAGAAUUUUAUAACAAUAUACCAUAUAUUGCUAGAAAAAUUAAUACUAAAAGAAAUAAACCAUUUAUGUAUAUAUGUCCUGGACCAGCUUGGAUUCAUGGUUCAACAGAUUUUAAUUAUGAAAUACAUGAAGAUAGUCAGUAUUGGUUUGAAAUAAAUAACGGAAUAUCAAAUAUGAAUGAAAGAUAUCCACCAAAUAAUGCAUGGGAAAAUAUUAUGAGAUCAUAUGGCUCAAUAUUUCCAGUUCCAGUUGUAGGUGGAAUUACUUCUCCAAAAAGAAUGAUUUGUGGUACUAUAAAACGUUUCACUGAUAAUUCACCCAUUCUAGAAUGGGCAUAUGAAAUAAAUUAUAUAAAUAUUUCUCCAGAUCAAAUUGCUUUACAAGAAACGAUUAAUAAACAAAAUUCUAUUUUAAAAGAUGAUAUAAAUAAAGAUUUAUUUUGCAAUGGAGAUAAUUCUGCUGUCAGUUAUGUAAAAGUUGGUUAUUUACCAAAUUCACAAACAAAAGAUUUGUUAGGAAAAUAUGUAUAUGAACCAAGUAAAUCAUUAAGAUAUUUAUUUCAUGAUUAUCAUGUAAUAUUUUAUAAAUAUAACGUUUUAAAAAGAGAACUUGAAAUGAAGGAUGAAUAUCAUUAUGAUGGAAAUUCUGUUGAACCAGCUUGUAUUAAACAUCUUCUUCUUAACUAUACUGAUAUUGUUGCAACAAUGGAAGUAAAUCCCUCAAAAAGUAACAAAGAAUAUAAGAAAGUUCAAAUAGAUGGAAAAAGUACAAGUAUAUUUGAAAUCACUCAUUCAAGUUUUGAUAAAACAUUAUCAAAAAUUGAUAUACAAUGUAAAGUUGAAAGCAAUCCUAUUGGACUAAGUUUAGAUGAAGAAAAUAAAAGAAAAUUUAAUAGUUAUUUUAAACCUUAUUUUAGUUUAGGUUAUAAAAAAAUUGAUAAAACUGGAUAUAGUAUUAAUUCUACUGAAAAAAUGAUUCCCAAUGGCGUUUUACAUUUUAAUAAAUCUGAUUUUAAUAUUUAUGGUAUGUAUCAAUGUACUGCAAAAAAUAUUGAACAAAAUAUAAGAUAUUUAAAAAAUGAACCUGAAAUAUUUUUAAUUCUUCCCAAAAAUGAUAUGACAUUUAAUGUAGAAGUUGAAGUAUCUAAAAAUGGUUCUAUGAAUAAAGAAUGUUAUUUUGAAUUAGGAAUUUUUGCAAAUCUUUCAUCAAUUACAAUGCAACAUAAUGAAGCAAAGGUAACGGCUAAGGUUAAUGAACUUAAAAAUAAUGGAUACUUUGAAGUUAUAAAUGGAAAAAAAAAGUAUGUUCAAUUGAAGGGUGAUCUUAAAAAAGGUGAUACAUUAUUAUGUACAUAUAAAACACGUUAUAAUACUACACUUCAUACUAAAGUAGCAUUUCAUCAUGAAGAUGAUUUUAUAAAUAGUGAAGCUGCAAGUACUAAAACAAAAAAAAAUACUUUAAUUUUUGUAGCUGUAUCAAUAGUUUUGUUUCUUCUUAUCAUUGGAAUAACAAUUGGUGCUUUUGUAUUGUUAAGAAAAAGAAGAAGAAGAAAGAGACUUAGAAAUACAGGAUCAUUAGGAAGUUUAUCUACUACUGGUAAAAGAUCAAGGAGUAGUUUUUCAAAAAGUAAAUCAUCAAAUUCAAAAAGUAGAACAUCUCGUUACAGUAAAAGUAAAACUUCUAAAAGUUUAUCUAAAUCACAACGUUCCAAAAUAAGCUCUAAAUUAGUUAAUUUAAAUACUCAAAAUUGA